AACUAGGUUGUUGCACACUGAUGGCAGAAUAAAUAAAACCCAGUUCCAGUGUGCGGUCCAAGCAGUUUGCAGGCCACAUGUUGUGCGAAUAUGAUCGAGCCUUGCGCUAUAAAGUUCAGCGGGUUGUUCGUGGCGGUGGGGGCGGACACUGACACGGCAGGACUCUCCUCUGCUGUCCUGCGGUAACAUUGUUGUGGAACGACGUCACACCUCGAAAAUGAAGGCACGGAGGCAGCCAUUACUGGAGCUUCUCUAAUUAUUUUAUUCCAAAUAAAUACUCACGGAAAACUCACAUGGCAAGAGCUACAAGUCAGAUGUAUGAUGUUGUGCCCAUUCAGCCCAACGUUGCCAUCUGUUCCUGCUCGCAUCCAUCAAUGGCCAGAAACCACCCUGACUCCUGUUCGCCACUCGCCAUCCCGAGCACAAGCAGCAGUCACUGCCCCAACAUGGAGGGCUCAUCCCCGCAGCCCUGCGCCGUAGGAGCACCCGGCGGCUCCCAGAGCGCCGACGGCCGCGCGCAGCCGGCCGCCCAGAUGCCGCAGCCGCGCAAGAAGAAGCCUGAGGACUUCAAGUUUGGCAAGAUUCUGGGAGAGGGCUCCUUCUCAACGGUUGUUCUUGCAAAAGAGUUGGCCACAGGGAAAGAAUAUGCAAUUAAGAUUUUAGAGAAGCGCCACAUUAUGAAGGAGAACAAAGUCCAGUACGUGAAAAGAGAACGAGAUUUGAUGUCAAAUCUUGAUCACCCGUUCUUUGUAAAGCUCUACUUCACGUUUCAAGACGAUGAGAAGUUGUAUUUUGGUCUUAGCUACGCUAAAAACGGCGAACUGCUAAAAUACAUUCGCAAAAUUGGUUCGUUUGAUGAGACCUGUACACGGUUCUACUCGGCCGAAAUAGUUUGUGCUCUAGAAUAUUUACACAAAAAGGGGAUAAUUCACAGAGACUUGAAACCAGAAAAUAUUCUUUUGAACGAGGAGAUGCACAUCCAGAUAACCGAUUUUGGAACAGCGAAACAGUUGUCGUCUGACAGUAAACAAGCGAGAGCAAACUCCUUUGUUGGGACAGCGCAGUACGUGUCUCCAGAGCUGCUAACAGAAAAAUCGGCCUGCAAGAGCUCUGACCUGUGGGCUUUGGGGUGUAUUAUCUAUCAGCUGGUGGCUGGUUUACCACCAUUCAGAGCUGGAAAUGAGUACCUAAUAUUCCAGAAAAUAAUAAAGCUGGAGUACGAGUUCCCAGAAAAAUUCUUCCCCAAAGCCAAGGAUCUAGUCGAGCAACUUCUGUCACUGGACCCAUCCAAGCGGCUCGGUUGUGAAGAGAUGGGAGGGUACGACCCGCUGAGGCAGCAUCCCUUCUUUGACACCAUUUCCUGGAGUGACUUACACCUGCAGACGCCCCCAAAGCUCACACCUUACCUGCCAGCAAUGUCUGAAGACGAUGAGGACUGCUACGGGAAUUACGACGACCUCCUGAGCCAGUUCAGCAACAUGCAGGUGGCGCCGUCGAGCUCGUCGCACUCCUUGUCGCCGCACGACUCGGCGCCGCCACAGCGGUCCAGCAGCAACAUCGAGCAGUACAUCCAUGACCUGGACAACAACUCGUUUGAGCUGGACCUGCUGUUCACCGAGGAAGAAAAGAAAUUAUUGCUGGACAAACAGACCAAUGGGAACCCUUGGCAUCAGUUUGUGGAGAAUAAUCUGAUCCUGAAGAUGGGACCAGUGGAUAAACGCAAGGGCCUGUUCGCCCGCCGGAGGCAGCUGCUGCUGACCGAAGGGCCUCACCUGUACUACGUGGAUCCCGUCAACCGGGUCCUGAAGGGGGAGAUCCCCUGGUCCUCCGAGCUGCGCCCCGAGGCCAAAAACUUCAAAACCUUCUUCGUUCACACGCCGAACCGGACGUACUACCUGAUGGACCCCAGUGGAAACGCUGACCGGUGGUGCAAGAAGAUCCAGGAAGUGUGGAGAAAGAUCUACCAGAGGCACCAAAACCCAGGCCUAUAGGAGCACAAUCUGAGGCCAAUCACUGAGCAGAAUAACGCCCUCUUUAGUGCCCUUCAUCACAGCAACGUAAACAAACUCUUAGAGACGCUGGCAUCUAGACCUCGUUUGUUUUCCUGAGUAGAUCCAUGGGGGGAAAAUACAACUUUGGAUUCAGGGUU